CUCCCUUCCGUGUACCCUUCGCUGCCCCACCUUGACACCUGUCUACAUGUCCUAUUCUUCCGUCCCUCUAGUCCCGCCUUUGCCCCUCUGCUCGGCAUUGGGCAGUACUUGAUUCGACAAGCUCUUCCGUUUGCAGCUGAAAUGACUCCUCCUCCGGGCAGCCCUCCUGGCUCCUUGCACGCCCGCACAUUUGCCCACCUGGCCGCAGCCCGCCUGGUUCACAGGGGUGGCGCACAGCUGGGGCUUCCUCAGUAGUCAUUGCCUCAAAGAUCUAGAGGGGAAGAAUUAACAGGCCGUGAAGGUGAAGAGAGAGGUGGCAGCUCUGAGCGGGGGCGGGCGGGAGGAACUGUGGGCGGCUGAGUGGGGAAGGAGGAGGCGGUGGAGAGAGGGAAGCGAGAGUCUGGGUGGGGUGGGGGAGGCUCCUUCCUUAGAGAGCAAACUCCGCCUGAGUGCCCUGACCCAUCCUGUUCCUUCAACCUGCUCCUGGUCCGCACAGGAAAGCGUUCUGAGGCUCCAAGUUGGGGUCACAGAUCAAGGGUGAGACACCUGGAGGGCCCCCGGGGCAGGACCCGCCGCCAGGCCCGCUUGGGAAUCUGAGGGAUCUGGGUUCAAAUCUCACUCUUCCUGUCUCUGGGGGCUUCCUGCAGGCAUCUGUGCUGUUUGCUCUCCUCUGGACUCCCCCCUCACACACACACUGUGUCACAAUGUUUGCGUUUCCUCAUUCUGCUUCCCCAGCCCCACCCUGGGAGGCGGGAAGUGGAGGAAGUAAGAAAAGAACCGGACAGGGUGACAGCGUGGGGGUGGGGGUGAGCUGGAGAAGGGCCGAUGGUGAUCCUGGUGGGACAGGUGGCUCUGAUCGCUGCGUGGUUCGGAGCCCCAGGUUGGAGGCAGACAUCGGGGCCUGAGUCCUGGUAAUGCCUUUGAUUACCUGAUCAUCUUGGGCUGCCCAUUCAUCCUUGCCUAGUCUUGGCUCCAUCUAUGAGAUCUCUGGGAACGAGUGCUGCCUCUCCACAGGAGACUUGAUCAAGGUCACCCAUGUUCGCCUCCAAAAGGUGGUCUGUGAGAACCCAGGGACAGGCCAGACCACCGAGCUCGCUCCCAAUUUCCAGGGCCUCUUCAGCCCCCUCACCGGCCCCCAGAGCUAUGGAACCCUGGAGGAGCUGGUCUAUGCUGCAACCCAGAGCUCCAAGUCACUGCCCAUCUGCUUCAUGUCGACCCACAGAAUCGCCACCAAGGCCAGGGUGGUGCCUCAAGAGCAGCCCCUCAAGCUGGAGGCUGUGGAGAUGCACCAGGGGGCCUGCUGUGCCCGCUGCGUGCUGGACUCCGGGGCCCAGCAGGUCUUUCUGCACCUGCCCUUGUCCCAGCAGGGGCCCUUCUGGAAACUGGAGCCUGGGCCCCCUCGGACCCUGCUCCAGGUGCUGCAGGACCCCACCGUGAGGGACACCCUUCUCACCUGCUCCGCCUUCCCCUGGCGCUCCCUGACCUUGAAGCCCCAGUAUGAGGUCGAAGCCAUCAUGCACUUGCGCAGGACCAUCGUCAAGAUCCCCUCCACCCUGGAGGUCGACGUGGAGGACGUCACCACCUCCUCGCAGCACAUUCACUUCAUACAACCGCUGCUGCUGAGCGAGGCCCUGGCCCGGGGAGGCCCCUUCCCCCUGGCCACAGAGAUCCUGGAAGUUCCGCAGGGGUCCCCUAACUUCCUCAGCCCGUGGCUGAGCUCCUUACAGAAGGGCCAGAGGCUCUGCCUCCAUGGCGUGGCUUCACCGCCCUGGCGAUUCCUGGCCUCGACCAGGGGCCGGAAGGUGCCCAGACACUUCAUGAUCUCCGGGGCCUACCGGGGCAAGCUGCGGCGGCGGCCGAGAGAGUUCCCCACGGCCUACGACCUCCUGGGUGCUCUCCAGCCGGGCCAGCCUCUCCGGGUCGUGGCCACAAAGGACUGUGAGGGAGAUGAGCUGGAGAACCUGGGGUUUGCAUCCCUGGCUGUGGGUGACAGGCUGGAGGUGCUGGGGUCUGGCCAGGCCCUUGGGCAACAUGAGAGAGACAUAGAUGUCUUGGUGUGUCAGCGGCUAGGUGAGCAGACUGGGGAGGAAGAGGCUGGGGAGGAUGAAGUGGAGGACCAAGAACAGAUUCUGCUGCCCCUCUACUUCUCUGGCGGCUUUGUGGAGGAGCUGAGUGAUGCCCGGCGCUACAGCCUGCAGGACCUGACUGCCCAGUUCUCACUGCCCUGUGAGGUCAAGGUGGUGGCCAAGGACCCCAGGCACCCCGCCGACCCUCUGCCCUCCUUCCCGGGCCUGCAGCUGGAAGAGAAGAUCCUGGAACCCUUCUUGGUGGUCAGCCUGGACUCCGACCCCGAGAUGUGCUUUGAGAUCCCUCCCCGGUGGCUGGACCUGACUGUCAUGGAGGUCAGGGAGCUGCCGGGCCAGCCGUCUGGGGCCCUCCCCAUGGCCACAGUGGAGGAGCUGACGGAGGCCUUCUACUAUCGCCUGCGGAAGCUACCAGCCUUCGAGAGUCAAGCUCCCCCGCCCAGGCCUCCAAAGAGUAAGGGCCUCAGUGAGCAGAAGAAGCAGAUGAGCAAGGAGAAAGGCGUCAAGUCCUCUCAAGUCUCAGAAUUGCAGGAACCACCUCUGCUGCCUAAACUCAAGACGAAGUCCUUGCCGAAGGUCACCCGGGACAGUUCCAAUUUAUACAGUGAGGUUCCUGGCCGCAAGAAGGGCCGCAGGCCCGCUAUGCCCAUCACUGAAGAUUCAGAUGAUGAACAUGAUUACGAAGAAAUAGCUGAGCAGUUUUCGAAAACCCUCUAGGCGCUGGAAGAACCUUACGUCCUAACUGCUGCUUCUCAGGGAAUCUGAGAUACCAGCUGACAGUUACAGGCUUUUAGAGGACCCUGGACAAGACCUCUCAGAAAUCAGACUGUGCACGAGGAAUGGCUGUCUGAGGACUGACUGGAAACCUGCACCAGCUCCCCUCAGUUCCAGGUUCCUACCACCCAGAGCUGGCUUCUCUGGGCCCAGCAUCUUGCAUUCGGCUCUCUCAGCCUCAGAGCUUUGGUAUCAAGUAGCCGACUGGGUUCUACUCAAUCCUGCAUCUGCAAUACCAGCUGCCCCACUAGUUAGUGCAGGAAGGAAUCCAAGAGACUGCCCACCUGGAUGCUGGCAGCACAGUGCCUCCUGCCUCUGGGGACUCAAUCCUGAUCACACGCUGCAGUGAGAGUUUUUUUAAGACACAUACCACCCCUGCUCCACUCUCGUCUCCCCCUCCCCAUCCCCAGCUCUGAGCCUCUGAGGGACCAGGACUGUCUUCCUCAUCUCUGCAGCACCCAGCACAUCAACAGCUAGAGGUGACUAUAAUUAUUUUACAAAACCAGAGAAUAAAAAUUACAUCUGAGCUUCUAGAAGAAUGAUAAUCAUGAUCACUUAUUAAGUUGCAUCUAUGUGCCAGACUUUUUACAAGCCCUACCUAAAUUCUCAACUCUCUUGAGGUAGACAAUGGCAGGAUUGUCAGCAGAGGACAGGAUAGACAAAUAGAUGGUAGGAGUCUCCAGCUGAGGUGGGAGCUGAAUAGAGGGUCCAGUUUCCACUCCUGGAUUCUAUGCAUUACACCUCAGUGUCCUUCCUUUGUCUGCUACCAUUCCUCUGGCUCUCUGGACCCAUGCCCCACCCUAGCACAGAGCUCUCCAGGUGACCACUGCAUGGUGACUAUUGCUGCUGGGCCAGUCUCCAGUACCUAGCAUUCAUCCUUGUCUUCACGCCAGUUCCCAUGCCCUCCUCCGCAGACACAGUCUGUACUACACAGCGGACCCUGAGGAUAAAGCACUCUGGGAAAAGCAGUAAGCAAAAAAAAGUUCCUCCUGGGUACAGAACCCCUAGGGGUCAGGAGCACAUGCAAAAUGGCAACAGUUUUCACUUUCAUGUCUGCAUUGGAUUUUGGCACCAAACUGAGUAAGGUCACAAAAGGGAGGCACAGGAGAGGACCACCAGUUUCCACAAAAGGGGAUUUCUGAGUGGCCAAAUGCUACCAUGAGGAGAAAGGCAGUGAUUUCCCAGCAGGGAAAGCUGGGCUUACAAGGAAAACAUGCUUGAAAACCACGUUGUGAAUGUCUUACCAGAGCAACGGGGGCAGGCAGGGAACGGACCAGAGGCAGACACCACCCUCAGGGUGCUUGUGCCGUCUUCCCUCCAUGAUAAACCACGGGGUGGGGGGAGGGUACUAUAGUGAGGUUAGAGUCCCCCACCCCCUGGCAGUAAUCUCCAGCGUGAAUGCGCAUGAUGACUGACUGGGAAACCAAAGAAUUACAGCUGACCCUGGAGCAACAAGGGGGUGAGCGUGCUGACCCCCACAGUCAAAAAAUCCUGAUCACUUUACAGUUGGCCUUCUGUAUACACAGAUGCAACCAACUGCGGAUUGUGUAGUAUGUACUUAUUGAAAAAAAUCUGAGUAUAAGUGGACCUGCACAGUUCAAACCGUGAUGUUCUGUAUUAGUAUCCCUUUAUAUUUAUUUUUAAUAUCCUUUUUCAUUUUUAAUUUUUGAAUGUUUUGUAAUACACAUAACAAACUAACAUAGUAACAGAUAUAAAUAACUGUUAAAUAAAGGAAUGUAACUUGGA